AUGCCGGGCCGACAGGCGCAUGGCAGGUCCCUCCUGGCCAAUGCAAAAGUAAAGAGCUCCGGCAAGAAAUCCAAGGCAAGGUCGCAGAAGAACGCCCUCGAUGCGUUUGGCAUCGCCCAGGAGAAAUUCCCAACACGGCAAAAGAGGACCCCCAGGGUAAGGGAGCUGGACGCUGAGAGCGAACGGAAACAUGCUCGGGAAGAAGACGAGGACGGAGACGAGGAGGGCGACGGGGAACCUAGCCGGAAGAAAACAAAGGUCCCGUCUCGGCCUGUGGCGGGCGACGACGCCGAGUACGGUAGUGACAGCGAGGGCAACGAGUGGCGGCUAGGGGGGCUGGCCGAGGACGACGAGGACUCUGAAAUCGAGAGCGACGACGCAUUUGGCGACAGCGACGAUGACAAAUUUCAGGGCUACUCAUUCCGCGGUACACAGUCCAAAAAGACCGAGGCCGGCGAUCCCGACGACGAUUCAAACGAUGACGAGGGUGAAACUCUUGGCGCAGAUGCUAUUGACCUCGCCACGGCGCUUGAUCAGUUCGAAGAAGACUCCGACGUCGAGGAGCCAGAGGGCGACGAAGAAUCAGGGUCGGACGAUUCAAGUGAGGAGGAAUCAGACGGCUCGGACGAUUCCGACGAUGAUCAGGAAGAGGAAGACGACGAGGCCGAUCCUGCGCAGCUCAAAGCCUUGCAAGGACUGAUAUCGGAUUACGGCGGCGAACAAGUGGACGACGCUGAAGACACGAGGAGCUCGAAGCAAAAGAUUGGCCUUGGCGACCUUGGCCUUUCCAGUCUCAAUGAUCCGUUCAUGAAGAAAUCCGUCAGACUCAUGAACAAGGAGCAAAAGGAGAAACGACCGGGCGCAGCCAAGAAGCUGAACGUGCCCUUGCCCAGGAGACAACAGGAUCGGCUGGAUCGGUCUGCGGCAUACGAAAAAACAAACGAGACGCUGGACCGCUGGACGGAGACAGUCAAGCAGAAUCGGAGAGCAGAGCAUCUGGUCUUCCCUCUUCCCCAGAACUCUGCAACCGCCGGGCUAGACACGACGGAGAUCCAACCCUUGACAGCCAAGAGCGCAGGCAAUGAGCUCGAGUCAACCAUCAUGUCCAUCAUGGAUCAGAGCGGCUUGUCGCUGCAAAAGAAGGCCAAGCCGAAGCCCCAGGAAUUCGAUGAGGAAGGCAAUCUGCUGUCCCGGAAAGAGGCUCUGGACAGGAAGCGGAUGGAGCGCGAGCUGAAUGCCAGGGAAACAAAGCGCGCCAAGCGAAUCAAGAAGAUCAAGAGCAAGGCCUACCAUCGCGUACAUCGAAAGCAAAGAGAGCGCGACGAGGUGGCCGCCAAGGAAGCCAUGCAAGAGGCGGGAGAGAUCGACUCAGAGGAAGAGCGGGAAGCACAGGACCGCCGACGCGCCCUGGAGCGUGUCGGGCAGCGUCAUAAGGAGAGCAAGUGGGCCAAGAUUGGAGCAAGGACCAAGCGCGCCGUAUGGGACGACGAUUUCCGCGCGGGGCUAACGGAGAUGGCUCGCAAGGACGAAGAGCUGCGCCGCAGGAAAGAGGGCAGGAAGGGAGGCGUGGACGAGUCCGACUCGGACGCGACCAGCAGCUCCGGAGAAGACGACUCCGACGACGAUCUACGCCGUCGGUUAGACGCGCUUGAAGGGGGCGAGGACGAGGGGCCGCGGUCGAAGCUCAUGAGCCUCAAGUUUAUGCAAAAGGCAGAGGCGGCGAAGAGAAAGGCAAACGACGACUUAAUCAAGCAGAUUCGGCGGGACCUGGACGGAGAGGAGGAAGAGACCGGCUCCGGCGAUGAGGAGGUGGGCCGCAGGCGCUUCGGCGUCGCCACAGCCGGCUCGUCGGAGCCUGCUCCGGAUACAUCCAGGAGGGCUUCCCGGAGAGGGCGUGCGCGGGACGACGACGACGGCGAUGGUUCUGCAGACGACCACGCGACGGCGAAUAUCUCGUCGGCGCACGUGGACGCGGCAGCGCCAACUCCCGCAGAUACGGCGGCCUCGACGGCAGGGGCCUGGUCCCGCGGCCAGCCCCGGCGCGCAUCCAAGAAGAGCCCGGCCGGCGCGCGCGCCGAGGAACUCGACCUCGACGCCAACGUGCUCGUCGCCGCACGCCCUGCCGCCGCCAGCAAGCCGUCCAAGGCAAAGAGGCCGGACGCGAACGACGAAGACGACGACUCGGCAUCCGACACGGAGCAGCUGCACCUGCCCCUCGCCAUCCGCGACCAGGAGCUCGUGGCGCGGGCCUUUGCCGGCGAGGACGUGGUGGGCGACUUUGAGCGCGAAAAGGCCGACGUCGCCGAGGCCGACGACGACAAGGUCGUGGACCAGACGCUACCCGGCUGGGGCUCGUGGGUGGGCGAGGGCGUGGGCGCCAGGGAGAGGAGCAGGCAUCAGGGCCGGUUCGUGACAAAGAUCCAGGGCGUCAAGAAGAAGGACCGCAAGGACGCCAAACUCGACAAGGUCAUCAUCAACGAGAAGCGCAUCAAGAAGAACGACCUCUACCUCGCCUCCCAGCUCCCCCACCCCUUCGAGUCGCGCCAGCAGUACGAGCGCUCGCUGCGGCUCCCCGUCGGGCCCGAGUGGAUGACCAAGCAGACCUUCCAGGACACCACCAAGCCGCGCGUCCUGCUCAAGCAAGGCAUCAUCGCGCCCAUCUCCAAGCCCACCGCCUAG